UCAGUCGACUUACGCGGAUCGGCCCUUGUGGUACGUCUAACGGAAGAUCGUCGCGAAUUGUCACGAUAUUAUUACGCGAUUGAUUCAAACGAAAAAAUGUGGCUAAAUAAGUGAACGAUUUAGGGGCUUUUGUGGUUGAAAUAAUGAGCGUUUUUGUGCGUAUAUUGUACUGAAAAGGGUGCGCAUUUAUAUCGGCGAGAUGGGGUGGUUCUUAUGGUUCUUCUUUUUUCAUGGAUAUACCCGGAUAAUUACAGGUUAUCACCAUACCACCCAGCAACCCCCGAGGAUCAUUGAGCAUCCGUUAGACACCACCGUGGCGAGACACGACCCGGCCACCCUUAAUUGCCAGGCGCAGGGUGAACCGGAACCCACCAUCGCUUGGUACAAAGACGGAGUCCUACUGAGGACCACCAGCCAGGACUCUCGCUCCCACCGCGUGAUCCUACCCACGGGAAAUCUGUUCUUUUUAAGGGUGAGCCAGGGCAGGAAGGAGUCGGACGCGGGGGUGUAUUGGUGCGAGGCGAGCAACGCCUUGGGGAAGGUGAAGAGUAGGAAUGCCACCCUUACAGUUGCAGUACUUCGAGAUGAAUUCCGACUAGAACCCCAAAGCGGGCGAGUGGCGGCAGGCGAGGACAUCAUCAUGGAAUGCUCCCCGCCCAGAGGCACCCCCGAGCCCCAGGUUUUCUGGAGAAAAGACGGCAAAACCCUGGAGUUGGGCGGCAGAUUGAAACUGGUCGACGGAUUCAAUUUGGCCAUCACCGAUUCAAAAGCGUCGGACGACGGCAGGUACCAGUGCGUGGCCAAAAACACCGCCGGACUGAGAGAAAGCUCUGUGGCGAUCCUAAAAGUUUACGUCAAACCGUUCAUGAUCCAGCCCCCGAAAGACGUAACCGCCCUAGUAGGCUCCACCAUAGAACUCCCGUGCACCGUAGGAGGCGACCCGGUGCCCGACGUCUUCUGGAAACGCCAAGCUCCAGGAGGCACCAUGCCCCUAGGACGCGUCAGGGUCCUAGAGGACCGCUCCUUACGCCUGGAAGACAUCAGCCUAAUGGACCAAGGUCGUUACACCUGCGAGGCUGACAACUCCGCCGGCCUAAUUUCCGCCAGCGCGUUCGUAACCGUCCAUGCACCGCCGGCGUUCACCGCCCGCCCCUCCGCCCAAACCGUCGAGGUGGGUCAACAAGUUUCCUUCCAGUGCCACGUCACCGGUAGCCCAAAACCCUUGAUCUUCUGGUCGUUUGAGGGCGAUCGCACCCUGAUAUACCCCGGAGCUUCCGCGGGGAACUUUGAGGCCUACACGUCCAUAGAAGGCCAUUCCACCCUGAUGCUCAAGAACGCCCAACUGCAAAACACUGGCACAGUUAUAAUAUGCUCGGCGGUAAAUGAAGCGGGCUCCGUUUCCACCAGGACGAGGUUAACGGUGACGUCAAAAGAAGAUCGACCGCCUCCAGUUAUAGUGCGGGGCCCCAGCAACCAAACACUGCCCACGCAUUCGAUGGCGUUUCUUGUGUGCGAGGCCACCGGGAGUCCUAAGCCGGUGAUCUCUUGGUACAAAGAGGGCGUCCCGGUGGCCCCUUCUAACAGAAUCAACAUGUCCAACCCGGAGUUGGUUUCAAUCUCUCAGCUGUCCAAGGAGGACUCGGGAGCGUACACUUGCGUGGCCUCCUCGCGUGGCGGCAAGGCCACCUGGACCGGGCACCUAUUGGUGGAGAACCCCAAGAACCCCAACAUAAACUUUUUCAAAGCUCCGGAGGCGGUGAUGGUGCCCGGGCCCCCCAGUAGACCCCACGCGAUCAACCAAUCCGAAGGCAGCGUGACGAUCUCCUGGGGGCAAAACAACAAAAUCGGCUCCUCCAGUUUGUUGGGGUACCAGAUUGAGUUGUUCGGGAGGGAGGAGGGGGUCACCCCCACUUGGACCGUGGUGGCCAGACGUGUCCCGGGGCCUACGUUCACGCAGCAUCUCCUCACGCCCGGGAUCCCCUAUACGUUUCUGGUGAGGGCGGAGAACUCGCACGGUCUUGGGCCCCCCUCGCCUCUCUCGGAACCGAUUGUGGUGGGGCCGGACUUGGGGCAGAACUGGGGAAGUCCCGAGGUCACUGUCCUAAGUGAGGCACGGGCCAGUCUGGUGACGAAUCCGGAAUUAGUGAGGCUCACUGAUGCCAUCCCGGUCUCAUCCACGGCGGUUAAGUUGGCUUGGGAGGUGGUCGAUUCCACUUAUGUCGAGGGGUUGUAUAUUUAUUAUGUUAGUAUUGAGGCCGCCCCGGAUGUGGCCAAAGGGUACAGCAUGCUUACGGUGCUACACACUGGGACCACGAGCAGUUUCACGGUGAACAAUUUGGAAAAGUGGGCCAGAUAUGAGUUCUUUUUGAUCCCGUUUUAUAAGGCGAUAGAGGGGCAGCCUUCUAAUUGUAAAACCGUUAGGACCUUGGAGGAUGUUCCCACGGAGCCUCCCACUCACAUGGAGGCCCUCCUCCUCAACUCCACCGCGGUUAAACUCAAAUGGAAGCCUCCGGCCCCUUCGGCACUGAAUGGCGACCUGGAGGGCUACAAGUUGGAGUUGAAAACAAACGACUCUGCCACCCCUAGAGUGAUCAGCGUGGGGUCGGCGCCCUCGUAUCUGCUCGGCAAUUUAUCCUCCGGGGUGCUCUAUUACGUGAGGGUGGCUGCCUUUACUAGCGCGGGAGUGGGGCCUUAUUGUCCUGCCUCCACUUUAAGAUUGGAUCCUGCCACGAGAGUCAUUGAUAAUAAUAUGCAAAGACCGAUCGGCGCGGACAUGCAACCGGACAACUUCGUGACCGAAACCUGGUUCAUGGCCCUCCUGAUAAGCAUGAUCCUGGUGAUGGUGAUCCUAUUUGGAGCGAUGUUCUUCGUGCGUCGUCGCCAACUCCUCUCCAAGAAAACCAUGACCCCCUCCAGAUCCAACGGGGGCGUCCUCAGCACCCCACUGGCCACCAAACAGGAAACCCCCCUGUGGCUAGACAAGGAUGUGCCCGACUACGCGACCACAUUCCCGGAAUAUUCCAAGCUCAACCCGGAAUACCCCGGACGCAAUCCGGAGUAUUCCAACGGCAGCUUACCGACCCAAAACGGGAAUAUUAAUUUACACACGAACCCGCUGCACGCGCAGUACAACAGGCCGGAUAAGUUGGAAUACGGUUCGGAGAGUGGAUAUCCGAUCGGGAGGAAGUACAACGAUUAUAAUUUGCUGCAGGUGCAAGAGUAUGCGAGUCCUAACGUGGGGAACGAGCGGGGCUCCCAGAUGGCGGAUUAUGCGGAAGUCGAUGCGAAUAUCGGCAGCGUGAAGGCCGGGAGUGGUAGUACUUCUCCCGCACCUUAUGCUACCACCACUUUGGUUACCGGAAGUAGAAGAGUGCUCUGGAACGCCUCAGCCCUCUCGACAGACGACGAAUCCCCUUAUCCGGCCUCCAAUGGCGGCUACUACAACAGAAAAGUCUACUCCGACUCCUACUUCGCGCCCGCGCACACUCUACGCCGCUCCAAGAAACACCACGACCACCAGCACAGCAGGAAGAACUCGCAGGAGAAAGCGGCGAACCCGCCGGACUUGGUGUCGCCCAAUUCCAGUCACGGGCAGCCGGUUUAUGCCAGGGUGGGGCCGCCCGCCCUUUCCUGGAGAAAUGGGGCGGCUGCGGGGCUGAGCAGUUUCAGUCCAGGGGCGGCCAGACACGUGUACCUCGGCUCCUCCAGGAGCGAACCGGGGAGUAUGUUGUAAUUAGGUGUUCCGGGGAGAGGGAGGUUAACUUAAGUUAAUUUAGUGGAAGUAGGGUUGGGAAUGGGGAUUGAAGCCGCUUCUUCAUUUGGGAUGGAUCCAGUUUCCUGGAUGCUUUCCAUGGCAUUUUAAAAAUUAUUAUUUGAUGUAUAGAAUGUCCUAGUUUCGUAUGUUCUAUGGGGUUUGCCGCUUAUGAAGGGAGAUGGAAAGAUGCGAUCUACUGAUAAAUAGUUUGCCAUACUUAUCUUAGUUUUUGUGCUACAGGGUGAUUUUGAAAAAAAAUAAUUUUUAAUCAUAUUAUCAUCAGACAUAUUAAAGAAGUAAAAACUGAUAUUAGUAGAUUUUUAUGAGUAGAAUUCAGUGGCGUACUCAAAUUUUUUUGGAGGUAACAGUUUUGGCGAUAUUAUAUUAGGACACCCUAUAAAUUUUUUUUUGGAACUUGUUUCCGGUUGCUAAAAGUGACAAAAUGAUUUUUUUAUAUAUUUUACAUUAAUAAUAAUAGAUGGUCGUGGGUAACCAUUGUAAAGCAAACAAAUUCCUAUUCCAAGAGAGUCUGUAAGAAUCAAAUAAUUUGUCUCGUAUUGGAACAUCAAUAUCUUAAGUUCUAGUUGUCAACAUUUUGUAAUAAUUGAUUUUUGGGAGACUCUUAAGUCUGUUUAACACUUUUUUGAAAAUAUUACUAAAAUCUAUUUACUGAAAGUCAAGAAAUUGGAAUUCUUAUACCAAGAGGGUCUGUAAGGAACAAAAUAAUUUGUGUCUUAAUGGAACGUCAAUAUUUAAAGUUCUAGUAGUCAAAAUUCUUUAAUUAUUGAUUCCUGUGUGACUCUAAAGGCAUUUUUAGACUUUUUUGAAGAAAUUUUAAAAUUCAAAUCAAAAUAUUGGAAUUCUUAUUCUAGGAGUGCCUGUAAGAAACAAACUAAUUUGGCUCUUAAUGGAACGUCAAUAUCUUAAUUUCUAAUAGCAAACAUUUCGAAAUCAUUGAUUUUUGGAAGACUCUUAAGUCUGUUUAACACUUUUUUUGAAAAAAUUACUAAAAUCUAUUUACUAAAAGUCAAGAUAUUGAAUUUUUUAUUCCAGGGGUGGCUGUUUGGAACAAAAUUACUUGUCUCUUAUUGGCACGUCAAUAUCUUAAGUUCGAGUAGUCAAAAUUCUUUAAAUAUUGACUCCUGGGAGACUCUAAAGGCUUUUCUAGUCUUUUUUUGAAAAAAUUUUAGAAAUCCAUGUGUUGGAAUUCAAAAUAUUGGGAUUCUUAUUCCAGGAGUGCCUGUAAGAAACAAACUAAUUUGUCUCUUAAUGGAACGUCAAUAUCUUAAUUUCUAAUAGUAAACAUUUCGAAAUCAUUGAUUUUUGGGAGACUCUUAAGACUAUUUAACACUUUUUUGAAAAAAUUACUAAAAUCUAUUUACUAAAAGUCAAGAUAUUGAAUUUUUUAUUCCAGGAGGGGCUGUUUGGAACAAAAUAGUUUGUCUCUUAUUGGCACGUCAAUCUUUUAAGUUUCAGUAGUCAAAAUUCUUUAAUUAUUGAUUCCUAGGAGACUCUGAAGGCUUUUUUAGUCUUUUUUGAAGAAAUUUUAAAAAUCCAUGUGUUGAAAAUCAAAAUAUUGGAAUUCUUAUUCCAGGAGUGCCUGUAAGAAACAAACUAAUUUGUCUCUUAAUGGAACGUCAAUAUCUUAAUUUCUAAUAGUAAACAUUUCGAAAUCAUUGAUUUUUGGGAGACUCUUAAGACUAUUUAACACUUUUUUGAAAAAAUUACUAAAAUCUAUUUACUAAAAGUCAAGAUAUUGAAUUUUUUAUUCCAGGAGGGGCUGUUUGGAACAAAAUAGUUUGUCUCUUAUUGGCACGUCAAUCUUUUAAGUUUCAGUAGUCAAAAUUCUUUAAUUAUUGAUUCCUAGGAGACUCUGAAGGCUUUUUUAGUCUUUUUUGAAGAAAUUUUAAAAAUCCAUGUGUUGAAAAUCAAAAUAUUGGAAUUCUUAUUCCAGGAGUGCCUGUAAGAAACAAACUUAUUUGUCUCUUCAUGGAACGUCAAUAUCUUAAUUUCUAAUAGUAAACAUUUCGAAAUCAUUGAUUUUUGGGAGACUCUUAAGACUAUUUAACACGUUUUUGAAAAAAUUACUAAAAUCUAUUUACUAAAAGUCAAAAUAUUGAAUUUUUUAUUCCAGGAGUGACUGUUUGGAACAAAGUAAUUUGUCUCUUAUUGGUACCUCAAUAUCUUAAAUUCAAGUAGUCAAAAUUCUUUAAAUAUUGAUUCCUGGGAGACUCUGAAGGCUUUUUUAGUCUUUUUUGAAAAAAUUACCAAAAUCCAUGCACUGAAAGUCAAAAUAUUGGAAUUCUCAUUCCAGGAGUGUCUGUAAGAAACAAACUAAUUUGUCUCUUAAUUGAACGUCAAUAUCUUAAUUUCUAAUAGUAAAAAUUUUGAAAUUAUUGAUUCCUGGGAGACUCUGAAGGCUUUUUUAGUCUUUUUUGAAAAAAUAACCGAAAUCCAUGCACUGAAGGUCAAGAUAUUGGAAUUCUUAUACCAAGAGGGUCUGGAAGGAACAAAAUAAUUUGUCUCUUAUUGGAACGUCAAUAUUUAAAGUUCUAGUAGUCAAGAUUCUGGAAAUAUUAAUUUUUGAAAGACUUUGAAGACCUUUUUAGGCAUUUUUGAAGAAAUUAUUAAAAUCCAUACACUAAAAGUCAAGAUAUUGAAAUUUUCAUUCCAGGAGUGACUGUUUGGAACAAAGUAAUUUGUCUCUUAUUGGUACCUCAAUAUCUUAAAUUCAAGUGGUCAAAAUUCUUUAAAUAUUGAUUCCUGGGAGGCUCUGAAGGCUUUUUUAGUCUUUUUUGAAAAAAUUACCAAAAUCCAUGCACUGAAAGUCAAAAUAUUGGAAUUCUCAUUCCAGGAGUGCCUGUAAGAAACAAACUUAUUUGUCUCUUCAUGGAACGUCAAUAUCUUAAUUUCUAAUAGUAAACAUUUCGAAAUCAUUGAUUUUUCGGAGACUCUUAAGUCUGUUUAACACUUUUUUGAAAAAAUUACUAAAAUCUAUUUACUAAAAGUCAAGAUAUUGAAUUUUUUAUUCCAGGAGGGGCUGUUUGGAACAAAAUAGUUUGUCUCUUAUUGGCACGUCAAUCUUUUAAGUUUCAGUAGUCAAAAUUCUUUAAUUAUUGAUUCCUGGGAGACUCUAAAGGCUUUUCUAGUCUUUUUUGAAGAAAUUUUAGAAAUCCAUGUGUUGGAAUUCAAAAUAUUGGGAUUCUUAUUCCAGGAGUGCCUGUAAGAAACAAACUAAUUUGUCUCUUAAUGGAACGGCAAUAUCUUAACUUCUAAUAGUAAACAUUUCGAAAUCAUUGAUUUUUGGGAGACUCUUAAGACUAUUUAACACUUUUUUUAAAAAAUUACUAAAAUCUAUUUACUAAAAGUCAAGAUAUUGAAUUUUUUAUUCCAGGAGGGGCUGUUUGGAACAAAAUAAUUUGUCUCUUAUUGGCACGUCAAUAUUUUAAGUUCUAGUAGUCAAAAUUCUUUAAUUAUUGAUUCCUGGGAGACUCUGAAGGCUUUUUUAGUCUUUUUUGAAAAAAUAACCAAAAUCCAUGCACUGAAAGUCAAGAUAUUGGAAUUCUUAUUCCAGGAGUGCCUGUAAGAAACAAACUUAUUUGUCUCUUCAUGGAACGUCAAUAUCUUAAUUUCUAAUAGUAAACAUUUCGAAAUCAUUGAUUUUUGGGAGACUCUUAAGUCUGUUUAACACUUUUUUGAAAAAAUUACUAAAAUCUAUUUACUGAAAGUCAAGAUAUUGGAAUUCUCAUUCCAGGAGUGCCUGUAAGAAACAAACUAAUUUGUCUCUUAAUGGAACGUCAAUAUCUUAAUUUCUAAUAGUAAACAUUUCGAAAUCGUUGAGUUUUGGGAGACUCUUAAGUCUGUUUAACACUUUUUUGAAAAAAUUACUAAGAUCUAUUUACUGAAAGUCAAGAUAUUGGAAUUCUUAUACCAAGAGGGUCUGAAAGGAACAAAAUGAUUUGUCUCUUAUUGGCACGUCAAUAUCUUAAGUUCAAGUGGUCAAAAUUCUUCAAAUAUUGAUUCCUGGGAGACUCUGAAGGCUUUUUUAGCCUUUUUUGAAAAAAUUACCAAAAUCCAUGCACUGAAAGUUAAAAUAUUGGAAUUCUUAUUCUAGGAGUGCCUGUAAGAAACAAACUAGUUUGUCUCUUAAUGCAACGUCAAUAUCUUAAUUUCUAAUAGUAGACAUUUUUAAAUAAUUGAUUUUUGGGAGACUCUUAAGACUAUUUAACACUUUUUUGAAAAAAUUACUAAAAUCUAUUUACUAAAAGUCAAGAUAUUGAAUUUUUUAUUCCAGGAGGGGCUGUUUGGAACAAAAUAGUUUGUCUCUUAUUGGCACGUCAAUAUUUUAAGUUUCAGUAGUCAAAAUUCUUUAAUUAUUGAUUCCUGGGACACUCUAAAGGCUUUUCUAGUCUUUUUUGAAGAAAUUUUAGAAAUCCAUGUGUUGGAAUUCAAAAUAUUGGGAUUCUUAUUCCAGGAGUGCCUGUAAGAAACAAAUUAAUUUGUCUCUUAAUGGAACGUCAAUAUCUUAAUUUCUAAUAGCAAAUAUUUCAAAAUCAUUGAUUUUUGAAAGACUCUUAAGUCUGUUUAACACUUUUUUGAAAAAAUUACUAAAAUCUAUUUACUAAAAAAGAAGAUAUUGAAAUUUUUAUUACAGGAGUGGCUGUUUAAAACAAAAUAACUUGUCUCCUAUUGGCACGUCAAUAUCUUAAGUUCAAGUAGUCAAAAUUCUUUAAAUAUUGAUUCCUGGGAGGCUCUGAAGGCUUUUUUAGUAUUUUUUGAAAAAAUUACCAAAAUCCAUGCACUGAAAGUCAAAAUAUUGGAAUUCUUAUUCCAGGAGUGCCUGUAAGAAACAAACCAAUUUGUCUCCUAAUGGAACGUCAAUAUCUUAAUUUCUAAUAGUAAACAUUUUGAAAUAAUUGUUUUUUGGGACACUUUUAAGGCUAUUUUCCGAUUCUUUAAUAGAUACACUAUUUCAAUUAAAAUUCAAUAAAUUUUUUGAAUAUUCCGAUAAUAUCCAGAAAAAAUCGAAUAUUCUCAGAAGAAAAGAAAUCUCCAAGGAAUAUCUAAAUAUAAUUUUUAAUUAGCUAAUUUUUCUUAUUAGAAUAUAAAACUACAUGUUAAGAAUAAUAUUCUAGGAAUUUUAACUGGUACUCCAAUUAAUGAGUUAAAAAUUAAAAACUUUCAGAUCAAGAGUAUUCCUGACAAACAAUCUGAGAAUAUUGACCUGAUACUAGUGUACCAAUCAAUCAACCGGGUUUUUCCCUAUUGCUCUAGAAUAUUCUUGGUUUUACUCUAUAUGUUGUAUACAUAUAUUAGCAAAGAGGAAUUUUAUGAAGAAUAUUCCUAAAGGAGUUUAUUGCAUAUUUCUUAAAUUAAUUUAAAUAUACUAUAAGAGUCUAUGAAUGUUUUUUUUUAAUUAAUUAAUGAACGGAUCUGUUUCGAAUAUUUUUUAAUUAAAUAUUCAAUCUAUUUUGAAAAUAUUCUUUAUUAAGGAAUAUUCUAGACCUUUAAAACACUAUAUAUAUAUAUACAAUUAAAUUAAAUUAUUAUCCUUGUUUCUCUGCAGAAGCAUUUUCAGUUACAUUUUUUAAUUAUUGCAUGUUGUCAUAUUGCCUUGAAAAAACUUUAUUCUUUCAAUACCCCAACAAAAAAAAAAUCCAAAACCGACAGACCCCGUGAUCCUGGUGGCCAUCGACUCCAAUUGUUCCAAUCAAUCUCCUGGGAAAAAUGUUCAUUUAGCCAGUUCUGUAUUAUUCUAGUAUAAGUAUUUGUAUUAUUCUUGGAGCGUUCUUCUAAACUACAAAACUAAGUACAGGAUCUUUAUCCUAAAAGGAGGAACUUGAAGGGUCGAAUUAAGUGGAAAAUCAUUUGAAACUGACAAUUUGAAAGUACAGGAAUUCCUGAAAGACUAAGAGACCUCCUCAAACUUCUAAGAACUCCAACAAGCAACUUUAAGGGUCAAUUUAAGUGGAAUUUCGUUCUAAAGAAGUCCAGGAGUUUGUUGAAGUACAGAAUGCUGAAAAACAUGUCCAAAUAAGUCCGGAAGUCCCUGAAAGACUGUAAUAGAGCUUCUCAUUUUUUUAACUGCUUCAAGAAGGAACUUGAAGGGUAGAAUUAAGUUGAAAAUGAUUUUAAAGAAGUCCAUGAGUUCCUAAAAAACGAAGAGACCUUCUUAAACUUCUAAGAAGUGCAGCAAGGAUCAUGUCGAGUAAAAUUUGGUUCUAAAGAAGUCCAGGAGUUUGUUGAAGUACAGAAUGCUGAAAAACAUGUCCAAAUAAGUCCGAAAGUCCCUGAAAGACUGUAAUAGAGCUUCUCAUUUUUUUAACUGCUUCAAGAAGGAACUUGAAGGGUAGAAUUAAGUUGAAAAUGAUUUUAAAGAAGUCCAUAAGUUCCUAAAAAACGAAGAGACCUUCUCAAACUUCUAAGAAGUGCAGCAAGGAUCACGUUAAGUAAAAUUUGGUUCUAAAGAAGUCCAGGAGUUUGUUGAAGUACAGAAUGCUGAAAAACAUGUCCAAAUAAGUCCGGAAGUCCCUGAAAGACUGUAAUAGAGCUUCUCAAUUUUUUUACUGCUUCAAGAAGGAACUUGAAGGGUCGAAUUAAGUUGAAAAUGAUUUUAAAGAAGUCCAUAAGUUCCUAAAAAACGAAGAGACCUUCUCAAACUUCUAAGAAGUGCAGCAAGGAUCACGUUAAGUAAAAUUUGGUUCUAAAGAAGUCCAGGAGUUUGUUGAAGUACAGAAUGCUGAAAAACAUGUCCAAAUAAGUCCGGAAGUCCCUGAAAGACUGUAAUAGAGCUUCUCAAUUUUUUUACUGCUUCAAGAAGGAACUUGAAGGGUCGAAUUAAGUUGAAAAUGAUUUUGAAGAAGUCCAGGAGUUCCUAAAAAACUAAAAGACCUUCUCAAACUUCUAAGAAGUGCAGCAAGGAUCACGUUAAGUAAAAUUUGGUUCUAAAGAAGUCCAGGAGUUUGUUGAAGUACAGAAUGCUGAAAAACAUGUCCAAAUAAGUCCGAAAGUCCCUGAAAGACUGUAAUAGAGCUUCUCAUUUUUUUAACUGCUUCAAGAAGGAACUUGAAGGGUAGAAUUAAGUUGAAAAUGAUUUUAAAGAAGUCCAUAAGUUCCUAAAAAACGAAGAGACCUUCUCAAACUUCUAAGAAGUGCAGCAAGGAUCACGUUAAGUAAAAUUUGGUUCUAAAGAAGUCCAGGAGUUUGUUGAAGUACAGAAUGCUGAAAAACAUGUCCAAAUAAGUCCGAAAGUCCCUGAAAGACUGUAAUAGAGCUUCUCAUUUUUUUAACUGCUUCAAGAAGGAACUUGAAGGGUAGAAUUAAGUUGAAAAUGAUUUUAAAGAAGUCCAUGAGUUCCUAAAAAACGAAGAGACCUUCUUAAACUUCUAAGAAGUGCAGCAAGGAUCAUGUCGAGUAAAAUUUGGUUCUAAAGAAGUCCAGGAGUUUGUUGAAGUACAGAAUGUUGAAAAACGUGUCCAAAUAAGUCUAGGAGUCUCUAAAAGUCUGUAACUGGACUUUUCAAUGUUCUAAGCGCUUCAAAAAGGAACUUAAGGGGUGAAAUUAAGUAGAUCAUCGAAAAUUAAAUUUUAAUGUUUGAAAUAUUCUUCUCUCGGGAAAAAAAUGGUUUUGUCACGUUGUGCAUAAAAAUAAAUUUAGACUAGGCUAUAUUUUUGAAAAGGGGGGGGGGGGUAAAUAUUGCAAUUGAGUUGGUUCAAUUAUAACACAGCUGUCAUCUGCAUAAGAUACUACAGCGCAGGUAGCAUACAAAUUUUGUUUUGGUCUUUUACUGUAAUACCUUCUUUCAGAAUGUUCCUUAAUAUCCUCGGAUUUUACGGCACAGACCCUUACUAAGGAUCGAUUAUGAAUUUAUGUCACUUGUCAAACGUCAAACUUUGACGUUGAUUUGUUCCAGCAAGAAGUGGUUUCAGUUAUGACUGUAUUGGAAGUACCUUCCAAGAAUAUUCCUUGAAUGUUCUUAAAUAAGAAAUAUUGCAGUCACUUAAUGGGUACUAAUUUUGUAAACAUGACGCUGCUCUUAGCCACGCCCCCUUCAACAUAGGUGGGGGAGGGGGGAAAGGAAGAAUAAAAUUAGACGUUUCUAUAUACGGGGUAUGGACACACCCAAAAAUCUUGGGAAAUAUGGGCGGUAGAAAAAAUCUUUGAAUACAAAAGUUUUGGGAAAUUAAUCGGUACAUCGGAUGGUGACCUUAAACUUGAUCUUGAGCUUGACCUUUAAGGUUAUUUGAAGGUCAAAGCAAUUUUUUUAAAUGGGAACCCCUAUUUUUGACACCGGAUUCUGAAAGAGCGGAAAAUAUUACGGUCGGAUAUGUAUUGAGGUAUGAGGUUGAAGAAAUCCCAAGAGGUCAAAUAAUAAGGAUUUCCAUUUGAAGAAAUGAGGUCGACCUUCAAAUGACGUUGAAAAUGAGGUUCAACGUCAAAUCCAAGGUCACCGUUGGGUUCCUCGUUAAGACUUACCUAGGGUAUGGACCUUUAUUUUUUUUUCUUUUACCACUGAACUCGCGAGAUUUUUAAGAAGUCAUUAUUUGACCUCUCGGGAUUACUUCAACCUCAUACCUCAAUACAUACCUGGACGUAAAAUUUUCCGCCUUUUCCGAAUCCGGUGUCAAAAAUAAGGGUUCCCAUUUUAAAAAAUCGAAUCUUGACCUUCAAAUAACCUUGAAGGUCAAGCUUAAGGUCACCGUAUUUAAAGAUUUUUUCUAGCGCCCAUAUUUCCCAAGAUUUUUGGGUGUGUCCAUACUUUUGGGACACCCUGUAUAUUCAUGACAUUGUUAAUUUAUCCUGAAGAUGCGCUUGUCCCAGUAAGAAGUGGUUUCAUUUAUGUGUUGGACGUGAUUUAUUCGAUUAAUUGUAUUGGAUUUUUCUUUAGUUUUAUAGGUUAUAAAAUGGCGAUUUACUUAUACAGGGUUUAUAUUAUUAUUAUAACUGAUAGUUUGCUGAAAUAUGGAACGAGAUAAUCUGUGUAUUACAAUUUUAGAUUCUACGUAAAAUUUCAAGAAAUUUGAAGGGUAACAUGACAUAUUUUGGACUAACGGUUUUUGCAACGACGUUUCGUCUCUAUAACCAUCAUCAAUCAUUUUUUUAUUAUUGGCAGUAUUUCGAGCAUAAGAAAUUCGAUAAGAAGUAAAAAGACGUAAUUUUCAACAUUUUCUUGCAAUUUUAGCUUUUAAAGGAAAGAUCUUUAACUGCUUGUAUCUCUAAAACCGUUUGAGGGAAGUAGGGCAUGUGACCCAUCAAAUUUCACAAAAUUUCACCUAGAAUCUAUAAAUAAAAUAAUAUGAAGAGGGUGCCAUAUAAAAUAGCAAAUUUAGCAUUUGCUUAUGGUCUUUUUAAUCAAGUACGUGCUUAGUUUAUAAGGGAACCCCUAAUUUUUAUUACAUUUUUAUAUUCUCUGUAAAAUUCCAAGAAAUUUGAAGUCACAUGUCAAACAUUGAACCAACCGUUUUUGAUUUUAGCCAUCCGACGUUUCUUCUUUAUAGCCAUCAUCAGCCAUUUUCUUAUGGGCAGCAAUUCGAACAUAAAAUUAGAAACAAUAAAACAGAAUUCAAAAAUAAAAUAAUCUACUAAGAGUGCCAUAUGAAAUAACGAAGUUAGCACCUAUUUAUGGACUUUUUAAGCAGAAACUGGGUUAUUUUAUAUGGGAUGCCUUAUAUAUUAUUUCAUUUUCAGAUUCUCUGUAAAAUUCCCAGAAAUUUGAGGUGUCACAUGCCAUGCAUUGGACCAGCCUUUUUUGUUCUUAGCUAUCCGACGUUUCGUCUCUAUAACCAUCAUCAAUAUUUUUUUUAUUAUUGGCAGUAUUUCGAGCAUAAGAAAUUUGGUGAGAAGUAAAGAGACGUAAUUUUCAAAAAUUUCUUGCAAUUUUAGCUUUUAAAGGAAAGAUCUUUAACUGCUUGUAUCUCUAAAACCGUUUGAGGGAAGUAGGGCAUGUGACCCAUCAAAUUUCACAAAAUUUCACCUAGAAUCUAUAAAUAAAAUAAUAUGAAGAGGGUGCCAUAUAAAAGAGCAAAUUUAGCAUAUGCCUAUGGUUUUUUAAGCAAGAACUUGGUUAAUCUAUAUGGAACCCUAAAUAUUAUUACAUUUUUAGAUUCUCCGUAAAAUUCCAAGAAAUUUAAUGGGUCACAUGCCAUACAUUGAACCAACCGUUUUUUAUUUUAGCCACCCGACGUUUCUUCUUUAUAGCCAUCAUCAGCCAUUUUUUUUUAUGGGCAGCAAUUCGAACAUAAGAAUUUUUAUGAGAAUAAGAGAGCCGUAUUUUCUUUUUAAUUUCUUCUAUAUUUAAUCCUUAAAGGAGCAAUCUUUAACUGCUUAUAUCUCAAAAACCGUUUGAACCAAGUAUGGCAUGUGACCCAUUAAAUUUCAUGAAAUUUGACGUAAAAUUCAAAAAUGAAAUAAUCUACCAAGGGUGCCAUAUGAAAUAACGAAGUUAGCACCUAUUUAUGGACUUUUUAAGCAGAAACUGGGUUAUUUUAUAUGGGACGCCUUAUAUAUUAUUUCAUUUUUAAAUUCUCUGUAAAAUUCCCAGAAAUUUGAGGUGUCACAUGCCAUGCGUUGGACCAGCCUUUUCUGAUCUUAGCUAUCCGACGUUUCGCCUCUAUAACCAUCAUCAAUAGUUUUUUUAUUAUUGGUAGUAUUUCGAGCAUAAGAAAUUCGAUAAGAAGUAAAGAGACGUAAUUUACAAAAAUUACGUCUCUUUUUACUUUUGGUAGUAUUUCGAGCAUAAGAAAUUCGAUAAGAAGUAAAGAGACGUAAUUUAUAAAAAUUUCUUGCAAUUUUAGCUUUUAGAGGAAAUAUCUUUAACUGCUUGUAUCUCUAAAACCGUUUGAGGGAAGUGGGGCAUGUGACCCAUCAAAUUUCAUGAAAUUUCACGUAGAAUUCAAAAAGGAUAUAAUAUACAAGGAGUGUCAUACAAAAUGAUGAAGUUAGCACUUGUUUAUAGUAUUUUUAAGCAGAAACAGCUUAUUUAUCACAUACAUUUUUAGAUUCUACGUAAAAUUCCAGGAAAUUUAAUUGGUCACAUGCCAUACAUUGGAUCAACCGUUUUUUGAUUUUACCCAUUCGACGUUUCGUCUUUAUAACCAACAUCAGCCUUUUUUUUUAAACCAUUUGAGAAAAGUAUGGCCAUUCAAUUUCACUUAGAAUCGAAAAAUGAUAUAAUACACAGUGGGUGCCAUACGUAAUAGCCGAUCACCUUGUAUAAAUCAUUUGCUCGCCCUGUAUAUACAUGAUAUCAUAUAAUAUAAUGUUUACUGAUUGUAUAUUAAUUUCUUAAUAUAGUCUUAAAGUAUGUUAUUAUUGUGAUAUCCUAAAAAAUAAAGGUACAUAAGUUGGUAUUUCUUAAAAUACUCUUAUGUACAAUAAUCCUUGUUUAUAUAAAAGUUUAUAAACAAAUUGUAGUUCUAAGGCCUACCGUAUUUUUAAGGCGUUUUAGCGUAUAUAAAAGUAUCGUCCCAGAAUAUACAUAAAUAUUUUUUUAUGUCGAGAAAACCAUUUUUUUACAAUUUAACCUAAAAAGAUAACAAGCUUAUUACUAAUAAUAUAUAGUAGCGUUUAAUAGUAUAUAAGCCUUAUCUGAAAAACGAUAAUAUAUAAUGUAAAAAAAAAUGAGCAAUAUAAUAAUAAUAGUCGGAACGUAUACGUAAUUGCUGUUAAGGUUUAUUACCUAUAAAUACGUAUAUAUAGAUAUUAUAUAGAACGACUUUCUUUAAUUUUUUUGGGACGUACUGCACACUGUACAUAACAAACUAACUCCUAUUCUAGAUGUUAGAAGACUGAUAAUAUUCUAGAAUGCCUCUUCUAUAUGAUGUGUAAAUAAAGAUUUUAGUUCUAGUCAAUCUUCUCUAUAUCCCCAAAAGUGAUAUUUCCUAUAAAACUAAUUCUAAAAGGGCCUCCCCCCACCCCACUUAUUGACAUAUCAUCACUAUGUAUAUAAAUGAGAAAAAAAAUGGUUUCCCUGGGGGGGGUUUUACUAUAUAUGGUAUUUUCCUAUGUAUAGAUAAGAAUACAUACAUGCAAAAUAAAAUAGAAUGUCCCUCCUACGUAGGAAAUAAGCUGGCGACUUAUGUAUAAUAUAUUAUUAUAUAGUUAGGGAGUUAUAUAAGGUGUUUCAAGUGUGGAAUUUUUUUAAUGGUAAAUUUAUGGUAAAGUUGUGUGGAAUAAUUAGGGGUGAAAAGGUUUUUUUUUAAUUUUCUUUGCACAGUGGGAGAAACUCGUGGAAAAUUGAUAAUUAAAAAACGAGGAAUUUGUCAUGGAUUCCACUAUUAAAUGUGAAAUAUAACGUUUUUUUUUUGGUAUUCGGUCACUCGGGUAUAAAUUUUGAAAAGUAAAAAAAAAUCCAAAUCAAAAAGAAUUUUUUGCCAUGUAUUAACCAUGUAGAGGCAAUAAAAAAAGUCUUAUAAGAAAAGUCUCUAUAUAGGUACCGUAAUUUCCCAUAACAAUAGUCCACUUUUUAGAUUUUCUCUUGCUUUACAAAGCCCUAUAGACUAAAGGUUUGUUUUAAGAUAUGUUCCUGUUAGGUGACCUUAUUAGUUUGUUUAAACAAAUUAUAGAUAGACCUUAUAUAUAAAGCAAAAUAAAUAAAAAAUAAGCGGUACAAUGUUGGGCUCGUAGUUCUAUGGUCCAGAAUGAUUAUAUCAUCUAAAUGAUGCAUUGGACCAAAGUUGGUAUACUGAAACACAACUAUGGUUCAGAAAACCGAUAAUGAAAAAUAAAACUCAGAUUUUAAAGUCGAAAUUUAUUAAAAAAAAAAGGUAUUUUAGGGUAAAUUAACAUACUUUUCAAUAUCCGAUCAAUCGUAUGCAAGCACUUCAAUUACCUAAAAAGAAAACUUAUAACUCCUCAUAUGUAAAAGUAAAAUCAAAUUUUUAGGUUAAACAUUUUACAGUCAAAAUUAGUAGAAAACACAAGAUUUGUUUUUUUUUCUGUUCCUAGACUCGUUGAUAUCAUCUGGUCCUAUACUUUUGUCUGGCUCAACCUUUAAUUUUUUCUUUUUCCUGAUAAUCCGGGGAACAGUUUCUGAUUUUCUGACAUUUUCAAGAAAAGCUGUAAACGAUUUAUUGACCAAAUCAUAAUCAGAAGACUCAUUAACACUGUUGCUGCUGGGAAGUCUAGCUAAAACCUGAUCCCGAUUGAGAGGAUAAAUCCCUGCUUUUCUAAAACCAGACUGUAAAUUGGUUGCAGCAUUUUCUUUUGUUCUCCCAAACAAUUCGUUUAAAACGGAUGGAAAAACGUCUUUAGGGACUGUAGGAUGUCUUCUUCCAGCAGAAGAGCUUUUCCACUCAUCCAACAUUUUUCGCUAAUGAAUUUUAAAAGUUCGGAAAAAAGAAAUAUCCAGCGGCUGAGUUAAGUGAGUCGAGUUUGGUGGCAAUGUUAUGUUCCUCGCAUAAUUUAAUAACCUUGGGACUUAUAUGUGAGCUUAAAUUAUCUCCGUUCAUGACAGAUUUUUCAAAUCUACUGCGCUUUAUCAUGGGAAGUAGAAUUGACAUAAACCAGUCCUCAAAGCUAGAUCCAUCAAACCAUCUGCUUUUACUUCUAUUAUAUCUGGUUCCUGCAGGUCACACCUAUCCCACAUUUUUUUGGCCUUAUAGUUAACAUAUGCAGUACCUAAUUCACCUGCAGCAUUGCCACACAUCAUAAUAGAAACUGCCGCUUUAGUGGAAUUUUUAAUUUUUUCCGGAUAUUUUUUUCAAAUUUUCUAUUUUUCUAUCAAAAUUUCAAUAUUUCUAUUUCAAAAAAUUAUAUUAAGUCGGAUGAGGUUAUUAAUAUAUAGGAGAAAAGGUAUUGGUCCCAGUACCGACCCCUGAGGUACUCCCCAGGCAACAGAUUGAUAUUCAUAAUACUCCGACCCCACACACACUCUCUGACGACGACCCUUUAGAUAUGAAUAAAACCAACUCGCUGCCAAGCCCCUAAAACCAUAGUGGAAGAGCUUCCGCAGCAGAACCUCGUGACUGACGCAGUCGAAGGCUUUCGACAAGUCACAAAACACCGCAGCGGAAACUCCACCACCGUUAAUCUGACAGUAGACAUCACUCAUAAAGUUUAACAUUGCGUCAUUUGUGUUUUUAUUUUCUUGAAAGCAAAACUGAGAACCACUAAGAAUAAUCUUUGAUUUUAAAUAAGACAUCAGACGUUUUUUAACCAAUUUUUCAAGAAUCUUUGGAAGUGUGGACAGAAGGGAUAUUGGUCUAAAGUUUGAUGGUUCAGCGAGGCUGCCCGUCUUAUGAAUUGGGAUAACCUUAGCAGAUUUUAGGCAAGCGGGAAAGGUGCCCAUAACCCAUGAUGCAUUUAUACUCAGAGAGAUGUCCGGCAUGUUCAGGAGUAUUUUGGCAGAUAGGCCAUCCUCCCCGGCUGAGUUUUUGUUUUUUAUAGAAGUUAAUACCUCCUUAAGCUCAACUAAGUCUGUAGGUAUAAAGAAAAAUGAUCCUUGAAUACUGGUGCUUAAUAGUGAUAAAUAAGUAAGUGGAUCUGUUGUUGGGAAACCCAAAUUCCAAUAAAAAAGUCAUUUAUAUGACUAGCAGAACAUUCAGGGACUGCCAUGGAAUAAUUGCUGUAUGAUUGACGGAUAUCAUUAACAAUCUUCCAGCAUUCUUUAGACUUGUUUGUGGCCUUAUUUAGGCAAUUUGAAUCUUUUGGCGAUUUUUAUUAGUCGCCGAUAUAAAGACCUAUAAGAGUUAAAAUAUUGAUGAAAAGCCGGGCAAUUCGUGAACUUUCUUAAUGUGUGAAGGGAUCUCAAAUUUCUACAUGAAAUUUUAAGUCCCCUAGUUAACCAUGACUUCUUGUUCUUUUUUGGUCUAAUUUUCACCACGGGAAAAGAGAUAUUAAAGAGGUUUAUCAAUUUCCGUUGGAAACACGACAAUGGAUCCGUCGAAUUCAACACGCUUUCCCAUCCAGCAGCCACACACGAGUCAUGGAAUCUGUCGUAGUACCGCCUGCUGAAAAUUCGACCGUAGGAGCACUCAGCAGUUUUGGGGCAUUUCCCUUCACUGAUUUCACAGAUCACUGCCUCGUGGUCCGACAUGCCAGAAUUCACAACAGUGCAAUCCACCAUAUGUUCGGGAUAAUUAGUGCAAACAUAGUCAAUGGUGCUGGACGAGAACCGUGUGAUGCGAGUGGGAGACCUAACAUGCAUUUGAAGGUUAAAUGAACUGAGUAAAUUACGGAGGGUCAGUGUUAAGCAAUAGAUUUCUCAUUAUAAUUCACAUUGAAAUCUCAGUCUUUUUUUGCAGCCUCGCUUACUUAAAACAGUUUUUUUUGCCAGGUUCAUCUACCAGAUUGGUUUCGUCGUAGUUAAAUAUCGCUGUUGGAGGAACCCCUUGAACUUUGGCUUCUAAAUGGUCAAAAUAUUUGUUUAUAAUUUGAUCAUCGACAGCAGCUCGGCAUCUCUUAAUGUUACUACAAAUCCCCUUUUCUCCGUAGUAAAAAGCCUUCCAUCCAACGUUUUCCCGGAAAAUUAUUUUGAAACCUUGAUUCAUUGCGCCCGGUACUAUCCAAAUACAUCUUAAAUCAAAUGGAGUCAAGGGAAAGCCACUGUUCUUCUUUCAAAAAUACUGUUCUUCUUUCUCAGUAAAAACGCAUUUCCGUCCUGGUGGGUUUAUACAGUUAUUUUGUAUUGCUUUUAGUUUUAAAAUAAUAGUGCUGCGCGGAAUAUUAUAGGUCUCUGAAGCUUUUCCUUGAGACAUUUUUUAUAUCUCCAAUGCACUGCUCCAAAACCUUUUCGGAAUAGGGGAUAUAGGGCGUCGCCCCUACUUCCAAUUUUAAUCUAGGCAUCUGAAAAAGAAUAAAAAUGCAAUAAUUUGUUUUUUAAAAGCUAAAAUAUGCAAUGUUUUAUUUUUUGGCACAUAACAAUAGUCUGGCACCUAUAAUAGGUUAAUAUUAAUCUUUAGGAAACUGUAUCCCAACAAUGGUCCAGUGAUCAUUCAAGGUUCCAAGUAGCAUUUUUCGUAAACAAAAAAAUUUAAAAAAAAAUAAAUUAAGGUUAUAUCAAUUUCAAACAUCUUUAAUAAGUAGAAACAUAUAAAUAAAUAUACAGGAAAAAGUAUAUAAGGAAAAUCUUUACCGUAAGGGAUGGACAGCACAAAAUUCGCCGAUUAUGAAAAUCACACUUAACUGAGCCGUUUGAUCUUGUAAUUGCUCUGCGUCUGGGACCAUGCAACUGGAACAACUUCUCUAGGCGGUUUCAAUAGCUGUUGUCUUUGCGCGUAGCUGCAUUUUUCGUUCGUUUAAGUAGCGAUAACAUACACGUGAUUUUUUUAAAUUUACGCGGUCUUUGAACCAUAGUUGCGCUUUAGGACUAAAGGUAGGGGAAACUACGGUACGUAACUUUUUUCAAAGAAUCUAUGAUAAUAUGAAAAAAUUUAUUUAUAUAAAAGUUGUUUGUCUUAAUGAGAUCUAUUAUAAGAAAAAUAAAAUUAAAAUUAUUUGCCAUACAGUGGGAGAAAAUGAUAGAUAAAUGUUUAAUCAAAAAUAUAAUCUUAAUAUAAUAAUAAUAAUAAUAAUAAUAAUAAUAAUAAUAUAGACCACCAAGAGCUCCACCUGCUGAAGGUACUGCACAGGAAAUUCAGCCAGUGCUCACCCAAGCGGGACUACCAAGAAGGCGCAUAAAAUUGAACUACGUCUAUUAAUGAAACCAUAAUGCGAAUCUUCUACAGAAUCACCAACAAUGAAAGGGAGAUGGUCGGAUAUCGGCAACAACUUUACGCCGAAUUCUGCGAGAGAUAUCCAGAACUAAAUGUGACCGAACAGCGCGUUGCAGACCAGUACCGUGUAAUCCUAAGGAACAACCUUAUCCCAGAAACUCGAUUAGCAACCAUUAGACGAGAAGUGGAACUUGAACUGAAUAAUAACCCUGCUUCACCAGAAAUACCAAACGCGGAAGCACAAGCUGAACACCAGCUACUUGAACCAAUUCAACAACAAAUGCUCACUGAAAUCCGUGACAAUGAUACGCAAAAUGUUGAAAAGGAUCUUGAAAAACUGCAGGCAGAAUUCAGAAGGGCAUUGGUGGAGUUCGAUGGAACAAAUCCGCUGCUUAGACCCCCAAUACCAAAAGUGAACUCUUCACGUAGAUUGGCAACAGUUCUGGAAACGUUGAACAACAAUAUUUUGCCAGAACACCUACAGGAAGCUGGCAGUUUAUAACAGUUGCACCUGCUGAUCUACUGUGCAGCGACAGUUGUCACCAGAACUCUGGGUGUCAAGCCUAAUGCUAAGCGUGGUAAAAACAAUUUGGUAUCAAGGGGACCACCACCAUGGGCAAGAAGGUUGCAGACCAGGAUCGACUCCAUUCGGAAAGAUAUAGGGCAGCUCAUCGCAUUUAUCGGAGGAGUGCGAACAUCUAAGAUACGAAAGAACGUAACAGCAAUCAUGAGUCGUUACCAGCAUCAUGCCCAAUAUAACCCAAAAAAUCGAACACCUGAAGAAUGUUUGGAUACACUGAAACAAAAAUUAUCGGUAUAUGCAGGACGGUUUAAAAGAUAUAAAUCCAGCAAUAGCAGAAAGCAGGACAACGCGCUUUUAGUACGCUCGGAGAAAUCUUUUUAUAGAAAACUUAAGUUUUCAACCAGUCCUUGCGAAAAUAACUAUCCAAUCAACGAUAAAAUUUCAACAUUCUGGAGUAGUCAAUUAACAACGACAACACCAUGUAAUAACCAGGCAAGUUGGAUAGAUGAAGAGCGACACAAGUCUCAACUUUUCGAGCAAAUGCAUCAUCAGCCAUUUACCGCUGAAGAGGUCUCCACUAUAAUUAAAGGCCUUCACAACUGGAAAGCCCCUGGUCUAGACCACGUACAUAAUUAUUGGAUCAAAAAGCUGUGGUCAACCCACAUAUACCAACAUUUCGAGGACAACAACAUUAUUGCUGUUCAACAGAAAGGAUGUGCUAGGGGAGACAUGGGCUGUAAGGAGCAAUUGACCAUCGACUCCGUAAUUUGCAACCAGGCCUAUAGUAAUAAGAGAAAUCUCUACACCGCCUAUGUCGAUUACAAGAAGGCCUUCGAUUCUAUCCCACAUGAAUGGCUUAUUGAUGUCCUUAGGAUAUAUAAAAUAGAUGAACGCAUUGUGACUCUACUGGAGAGCACAAUGGCGAUAUGGAGAACAACUAUGCAUCUACAACUUCCUACUGGAGAGAGUAUUGAGACAAACACAAUACCGAUCCGUAAGGGUAUAUUCCAGGCUCUCUGAGUCCACUUUGGUUCUGUCUAGCCAUGAAUCCUCUAUCAUCUCGACUCAAUUCCACCUCUUACGGCUUUGCUAUUAAGAAGAAUAGUAGGGAAAUCGCAAGAGUCAAUCAUUUGCUCUCUAUGGACGAUCUAAAGCUAAUGGGUGCCACUAGUAAUCAACUGGAUCAGAUGCUGAACAUCGUGGAGGAAUUCUCUGCUGAUAUCAUCUUAACAACAUUGUACGAGGAAAGAUGCAGCCGGGAUCCUGCGAGAUGCAGGAUGGCCAAACUAUAGAUGCCAUGGAAGAAGGUGAUACAUCCAAAAACCUGGGAAUGGUGCAGGCAGCGCGAAUAGACCACCGAACAAUGAAAGAUAAACUCACUGCUGAGUUUACAACAAGAGUAAAGCACAUAGUGAAAACGAGCCUCAACAGUAAGAAUCUAUUUAAGGCGUUGAAUACGUAUGCCUGUACAGCACUAACAUAUUCCUUUGGAAUUGUGGGAUGGAGCAAGACGGACAUCCAGAACUUGCAACGGAAGGCACGAACAUUAUUGACUAAGGCUCAAAAACACCACCCUCGAAGUGCCACAGAAAGAACUACGCUACCAAGACAUCAGGGAGGUAGAGGAUUGGCAGACAUUGGCAAACAGUUAGACCGACAAAUUUCAGUUCUGAGAAAUUUCUUUCAUGAAAAGGCUAGAUCGUCCGCUCUGCACCGUGCUAUAUGCGAGGUCGAUGACUCUACACCUCUGAAACUGAAGAAUCGCGAAAAUAAAAGUCACCACGUCACUGAUGAAGAAAAACAUCGAUCAUGGGCACAAAAACCACUGCACGGGCGACACGUCAACGAGGUUAGCCAGGGACAUGUCGACACCAACGCGUCGAACUACUGGUUAACUUCGGGACAACUGUUUCCCGAAACGGAAGGUUUCCUCUUGGCCAUACAAGACCAAGUUAUUCCGACUAGAAACUACUUGAAGUGCAUUAUUUCGGAUCCUUCAGUACAGAGUGACAAAUGUCGAUAUGGAUGCCAAGUGACAGAAUCCAUCCAACACAUAACGGGAGGAUGUCAAACGUUUGCCCAAACUGAGUAUAAGGCACGUCAUGACUGCGUGGGAAACAUAUUACACCAAGAACUUGCAUUUAAGCUGAACCUCUUGAGAACGGACAAAGUUCCAUAUUACAAUUAUACUCCAGAGCCAGUUCUUAAAAAUGGCGAGUAUAAAUUGUACUGGGACCGAACUGUUCUCACCGACCAAAGAACUGUCAACAAUAGAUCAGAUCUUAUCCUGGUGGAUAAGCGACUAAGGAGAACCACGCUGAUUGACGUUGCUACAGGCAAAACAAAAAAUAUUUUACAAUUUUUUUUCAAAAAAUGAACAAUACAGAAGUUAUAGGCAUUUUUUGGUUUUUGGCCAAAAAUUAAUGAAAAAUUUAAAAAUUGUCCGAAUUAAAAAAAAAAAUUGUCGUGUAUUAAUCAUAAAGAGAAUAAAAAAAAAGUAUUAUAAGACAAGCUUAUAUUUCUCAUAGGAGAGUUAGGAAAAAAUAAAAAAGUUUAUAUCUAGGGGCACGUAAAAUUUAUUAUUUAUAAUCAUAUUUAAUUUUUUUACAAAAAAUCUAUGGCUUCACGAGAGAUUUAAUUCAUGUAAAAGUUGAUUGGCUUAAAGAGGUCUUUCUUUGGAAAAAAUACUUUUAAUUUUAUUUGCCAUACAGUGGGAGAAAAUUACAAAAAACCUCUAAUCAAAAAAUGCGAUUUUUUCGAAGCGUAUGGAAAAAGUUUUAUUUUUUAUUUUUGCAAUAGAUGUUCAUUUUGAAGAUAUAACCAAAAGUGUUUUAUAUUUUUUUUCAAAAAACAAACACUAAAAAAGUUAUAGGCAUUUUAAAAAUUGCCUAAUUGAAAAAAAAUGUCUUUGUGUUAUAUUAGUCAUAGCGACACAAUAAAAAAAUAACAAGAGUCCAAAGAAAAGAAAUACUGGAAAAUUUUGAAAAAUCACAACUUUUCUUACUAAAAACCCACUUAUCAAGCUCCACCACCACAGAACACCCAACUUUUGGAGAAUUCACACUUGAACCACCUCAUAUACAUACAUUUAUUUUUUCUAGGAAGAAUUUACACUUAUAUAAGUACAAAUCCUUCCUUAGUCUUCCUUUAAGUUCGACUUCCGAAUACUACUGCUAGGAUAUAAUGUCGUGUGUAGUGUAUGUAAUAAUUGUUGGCAAAAGUACCACCUACUACCCCCCACGUUGUGCUCAUAUUUUUUUAUAAUUAUGUGCCAUUUAGUAUGUUAUAACUUGUACUGUACAGUAUUUAACAAUAAAUUAAGGUUUAUAAAUGA